AUGGCGAGUCCCGUUAAAACGAUUGUAAUAUUAGUGCAAGAAAAUCGAUCAUUUGAUCACAUGCUAGGAUGGAUGAAAUCUCUCAACCCUGAAAUCGACGGUGUCACCGGAAAAGAAUCCAACCCCAUUUCCACCACCAACCCCAACUCCGGCCGGCUCUAUCAAAGCAAUGAGUCAGGCUACAUCCAACCUGACCCUGGCCACUCCUUCCAGGCCGUUUAUGAGCAAGUUUUUGGUGAGCCAUGGAGCCAAGAAUCAUCAUCCUCUCCAAUCCCUCCAACCAUGGAGGGUUUUGCACAACAAGCGGAAAGCGUAGAUCCAGGGUUAUCGAAGAUCGUAAUGUCGGGUUUUAAGCCAGAUGAUGUUCCGGUUUAUAGAGAUUUGGUGAUGGAGUUUGCAGUUUGUGAUCGGUGGUUUGCUUCGGUGCCUGCGUCAACUCAACCUAACCGGUUAUAUGUUCACUCUGCCACUUCACAUGGUGCGAUAAGCAACGAUACGCACAAGUUGAUUGAAGGGUUCCCACAGAAAACCAUAUUUGAGUCAUUAGAUGAAAGUGGUUUGUCUUUCGGGAUUUACUAUCAAUACCCUCCAGCAACACUUUUCUUUAGGAAUCUAAGAAAACUCAAGUACAUAAACAAGUUUCAUCAGUUCGAUCUUGACUUCAAACGGCACUGCAAGGAAGGAAAGCUACCAAAUUACGUUGUUGUCGAACAAAGGUAUUUCGACCUGAAAUUUUUGCCAGGAAACGACGACCACCCUUCUCACGACGUAUCAGAAGGCCAAAAGUUUGUGAAAGAAGUAUAUGAGGCAUUGAGAUCGAGUCCGCAGUGGAAUGAAAUCUUGUUUGUAGUCAUCUACGAUGAGCAUGGUGGUUUCUACGAUCAUGUCCCCACCCCGGUCGUAGAUGUCCCGAGCCCAGAUGGCGUUGUGGGUCAACCACCAUACAAUUUCCGUUUUGAUCGUCUUGGAGUUAGGGUUCCAGCGAUCUUGAUUUCUCCUUGGAUCGAACGAGGAACUGUGUUGCAUGGGCCUUCGGGACCGUUUCCAUCGUCUCAGUUCGAGCAUUCUUCGAUUCCAGCAACCGUUAAGAAGAUCUUCGACCUGAAAGAAUUUUUGACAAAACGAGACGAGUGGGCAGGAACUUUUGAGGGUAUACUCACUAGAACCACCCCAAGAACAGAUUGCCCACUUACCUUACCCGAGCCCGAGAAAAUGAGACACGAAGAAGCAAACGAAGAUGCAAAUUUAACGGAAUUUCAAGAGGAAUUGGUUCAAUUAGGCGCGGUAUUGAAAGGGGACCAUAAAGAGAGCAUUUAUCCUGACGAGUUAGUAGAAAACAUGAAGGUUAACGAAGCUGUGGAAUAUGUAGGAGCCGCUUUCAAGAAAUUCUGCGAUGAUUGCGAAAUUGCCAAGAGAGAUGGGAAAGACGACUCGUACAUCGUGUGUGAUGGAGAGUCAUCGUCUCAUCGGAAAACUUCGAAAACCUUCAUCCAGAAGUUGUUCUCAUGCUUUGUUUCUGAUCACUGA